AGCUGUAGGGUUUGCCCAUGUGAUGUGCGGGUAGGAACCGAUGGAUUUGACGGAAGUGCGUUUCGAAGAGCUCGAUGCGAACAGCACAACGCUGAUCAUGCGAGGUUUGAAUCGACAAACCACGAGAGAAAUGUUCCUCGCGAUGCUGGAUGCUACGUGCCAAAGGAAAGGAAUGUACAACUACAUUUAUGUGCCGUGGACCACGGAUGGUGCUUCUAACAUCGGUCUGGCGUUUGCCAAUUUUGAGUCCCCGGCUGCUUGCCAGGAGUACGUGUUUGGGUUUUCCAACCCAGAAAACCUGGCGAAGAUCGCGAGAUACCAUGUGAGAUCCAUUGGUCCAGCAGCCAUUCAAGGUAGAGGAGCGAACUUGACCGCUAUGCUGGGCAAACGUGGCCAUGAGGCUCUUCGUGGCUUUGAUUCCCCUUUGGUCUUCAACCAGGGUGUUAAAGCAUCUUUGGCAGAAGUUGCAGACCAAGAAGUUCCAGGUGGAUUGGCACAGGCUUUGGCAAAAGCCAAAGCCGUGUCCACCCAUGCUUUGGCAUCACCACACCGCUCGAGACGGCAUGCGUCUAGUGUACAGGCUGUAGGUGCUGACGAUGCCAACGAGGCUGGCUUUGGCGGCGCUAGCAGCUCUACUGUCUACAGCGGGGCCAUUGUGGAGCACGCAGGAUAUUCGCCAUGGCGCGUCCAGGAGCCGCCGCUGCAGGUAGCGGGGCAAGUGGCAUCAUAUGGGUCAUCAUAUGGUGCAUCGGCAUCAUACAUUUCUGAACCUGCACAGCUGCCUGAGCAGCAAGAUGCACCACGGAUCCGGGUUCAAGUCCUGCCUCAAGAUGAUGGUGCUCCAGCUACGACCAAAAUUAUCUUCGAUUUGUGACGAACACACACAAAAGGGGGUCCGGGCAGGCCUCCCGCAUUUGUAUCGUCCGACCGGAACUUAGAACCCAACUUUGGAAAUUUGC